CCCCGCGCCCCGGAGCUCGCCUGCGGGGAAAGGCCCGCGCUAGUCCGGUUCUCUGCCCUGGUCCUCUCGGGAGGUUUCGGAGGCUCGGAGUUCUUCUGCAACCCCACCGGAAGAACUUGGCUUGGCCCCCCGAGGACGGACUGUUGCCGCGAUUCUUUUCACUGAGCCUUCCAGUGGUGGCUGCAGGGGUCCUUGCUCCCCAGUGAAGUUUUCUGAUGCUUGCGUUGCCGCUUGGUCAUGUGACACCACCUCUGGACCACCUCUUGCGCCUUUUAGUCCUCAAAGACAUUUGGGAUCAGUGUGCGACCUGUUAGGGUUUUCUGCCUCUGACUUCCAUAACCGUUUUUCCGCGUCACCUGUAAGUCUUGGCCCCGAAGAGCCAGCAUUCCAUCCUGUGCGCUGACAGACUGAGGCUGUUGGGGACUGGGAUGUUGAGUCUGCAAGCCCCCUCUUGAAUUAAGCAGCCGUGUUUUAUUUUUCCCCCUUAGCACAUUUCCCAGAAUAUCCCCACCCAAGUUUUUGUGGCUGUACAAAACAGCUCACCUGCAGCCACGAAGAGAAGUCAGUAUUCAGCAGGACCAUUUUGGAGGACUGUCUUGGUUCCACCUCUAACCAGGAGGUUCUCACCUCUAACAGGUGAGAUUGUAGUUCAUGAAAAAGAUCUUUAAGUCAGGAGGAAGAAAGAUUAAUUGAAAUAAGUCCUUGUUUUAAAAACAGCACUAGCUGUUUUGUGGGGCUCUUCUCUGCCCGAGUUUCUGCGUAUGAGAGCCUAACAUGCACAGUCUAGGCACUGGUAGAUCCCACUUAGAUUGAGUUUUGCUGGCACUCUGUCUUUAUGACUUUAAAAUAAUUUUAAAACAGUAAGUGAAGACUCAUAGACUUUUCUGGAAAUUGACCAGCAUACUAGCCAUAUAGGUCUUGGGGGGACAGGGAGGGAAAAGAGGGGCCAUAAGACCCAAUUUUCUGGUCUCUCAUAGUAGAAACCAACCAGAGGUGUUAAAUACCUUGUCCAAGUAAUUGCCAAACGAUUAGACUUAGAAUGCUGGGGAAACGAAAGCGUGUGGUGUUGACAAUUAAAGACAAGCUUGAUAUCAUUAAGAAACUCGAGGAAGGCACCUCUUUCAAAAAACUUUCUGUGGUAUAUGGAAUUGGUGAAUCUACAGUUCGGGAUAUUAAAAAGAACAAAGACAGGAUUAUAAACUAUGCAAACAGUUCAGACCCUACAAGUGGCGUAUCCAAGCGAAAAUCCAUGAAAUCAUCAACAUAUGAGGAACUUGACAGGGUUAUGAUAGAGUGGUUUAAUCAACAGAAGACAGAUGGGAUUCCAGUGUCAGGAACAAUUUGUGCCAAACAAGCUAAGUUCUUUUUUGAUGCGUUAGGGAUGGAAGGUGAUUUUAAUGCUUCGUCUGGCUGGCUCACUCGAUUUAAGCAACGUCACGGUAUUCCAAAGGCUGCCAGUAAGGGAACCAAAUUAAAAGGAGAUGAAACUGCUGCCCAUGAAUUCUGCGGUAACUUUCAGCAAUUUGUUGAGAAGGAGAAUCUGCAGCCAGAGCAGAUUUAUGGUGCUGACCAUACUGGAUUGUUCUGGAAAUGUCUCCCAUCAAGGACAGUAACUCUGGAAGCCGAGCAAAGCAGUUCUGGGUACAGGUCAAGCAGAGAGAGAAUCAUUAUAAUGUGCUGUGCAAAUGCCACAGGUUUACACAAACUUAAUCUUUGCGUUGUGGGGAAAGCAAAAAAGCCCCGAGCAUUUAAAGGGACUGACCUCUCCAACCUUCCAGUCACUUAUUUCAGUCAAAAGGGGGCAUGGAUCGAGCAUUCUGUUUUCAGACAGUGGUUUGAAAAAUACUUUGUGCCGCAGGUACAGAAGCAUUUGAAGUCCAAGGGGCUUUUAGAGAAAGCAGUGCUGCUUUUGGACUUCCCCCCGGCACAUCCACAUGAAGAGCUGUUGAGUUCAGAUGAUGGUAGAAUUAUCGUCAAGUAUUUGCCACCUAAUGUUACCAGCCUAAUUCAGCCUAUGAGCCAGGGAGUCCUAGCCACACUGAAAAGAUACUACCGAGCAGGACUUCUCCAGAGAUACAUGGAUGAAGGAAUUGACCCAAAAAUGUUUUGGAAGAACUUGACCGUGUUGGAUGCCAUUUAUGAAGUGUCAAGAGCAUGGAGUAUGGUAAAGUCAAGUACGAUAACUAAAGCAUGGAAAAAACUUUUCCCUGGCAGUGAGAAUGCUAGUGUGAACCUUGAUGAGGGAGCCAUUUUAGCAGCUGAUCUAUCAACGGUCUUGCAGAAUACAGCAGACUGUGACCAUGCUGACAUUGAGCAUAUGGACCAGUGGUUUGACUCUCAGAGUAAUGACUCGAGCUGUCAGAGGCCAACUGACGGUGAAGGUGCUGAGGACCAGGCCAAACCUGCUGAGCAAAAGCCUUUCAGUAAGACCAGAAAAACAGAACUGAAUCCAGAAAAACAUAUUAGUCAUAAAGCUGCACUUGAAUGGACUGAAAAUCUACUGGAUUAUCUCGAACAACAAGAUGACAUGCUUCUGUCUGAUAAAUUGGUAUUAAGGAGACUACGGACAAUAAUAAGAAGAAAGCAGAAGAUCCAAAAUAGCAAAAAUCACGAAUAGUGCUCUUGAGUCUUUUGUAUUUGUACUUUUCUGACUUCUCAUCGGCAGUGGAACUUAAUUGUCUGAUUGGAGGUGCUGUGGAUUCCAAGGCCAAAUAUGUCCCAUUCUGUCCAUGAUUUUAGGUCAGACUUCCAUUUCUUUUGAUUCCUGGAACUACACCUUUAAUGCUGACACUAGUAAUUGGGCGGACAUGUAACUGACCUCUCCACUGUUUUAAUCUGUAUUAUACAAAUUAGAUCAUGAGGGACGUGAGGUCAGGGGUUGUUUUCUUUGAGCCUGCAUUGCAUUGUGUAUAUCAGAGAAUCAUUCACACUACUGGCACUCAAUAAAUUCUCAAAUUUAA